AUGGGUGUUGACCCUCUAUCCCCUAUUGCGCCGGUGCGCCUUAGGGCUUUACUGCUCCCCGUUGGAAAUAUCAGACGGUCGCGGUUUCUGAGCUUUGCCGCAAGGCUCCAGGCUGAAAAUGUCGUUCGCUUGGGAGAUAUCAGUCCAGAUGCGCGACCCAAUCGAAACAUGUUCUCUCCGCUAGCAUUCCCUACAGGCAUGAUUCUCUAUGACCUUUCGUUCUCCGUGCCUCCAACGUCGCACUUAGAGCUGUUCCCCUUCGAGGUCUUUCGCGAGCCACUCGUUGUCAUUGCAAUCGCCGAUGGGACAGAACUAAAUGACGAGGCUAAAGAGCAGGGGGCGGAAUCGACUAGCCAGACUAAGACUGGAGAAUCUCCCUCCCCGGCUGGACUGGACCGGCUUCGACAAGAGUUGGAGGUCGUCAGGGGGAGGCAUACGAGGGCCCUGGUGCAUCAGCUUCUGAUAUUCGAUUACAAAGGCGUGGACAAACUCUCAAAUGGAUCCGAUGAUGUUCUAUGGAUUCCACGGCCCGAAGUAUCUAAAGCGACGACGAUGAAGACUGUGCUGUGCGACAUCACAUCUCUGCUCCUUUCGGAGUUGGACGAGUUCGCCAAAACUAUACAAAACAUACCAUCCAUUGAAUCACCGAAGGCUUCGUCCUGGGGCCCACAGAGAGGCCCAGAUUUACGCCCGCGUCCCACGGAUAGGCUGUUUUACCGGCUGACCAUGCCUACACACCUUCCCUCUAAUCCGAACGGUGCAUCUGAAGACUUCCUCCAUUCCACGCAGAGUUCACCUGCUCCUAGCGACCAUGAGACGCCCACUACUUUUGACGAAAUAACGCGGUCCAUACAACUGUCCAACCGAGCUAGCACAGCCGGGAAACCACAUUCCCUGCCCUCGUCAAAGGAGCAUAGCCGCGACCGGAUGUCCGUGAGCAGCAUGAGCGCAACUGAUCGGACCAAAAACCGAAUCAAAGGACGUACGGGUGUUGUGGUUGGAACACUGUUUCUUCAAGCGGGGAGAUGGCCAGAUGCCUUAAAGGAGCUUGUUGAUGCUGCGUCCAACGCUAGAGCCAGCAGUGAUUAUGUGUGGCAUGCCAAGGCGCUCGAGUCGAUUCUCCUCUGUCUGUUGAUGUUUGGCUGGGCAGGAAUGGAUUUCCAGAUCCCUCCCAUUUGCUACCCUGUUGCAGACAAGUCCUCCAAGUCGUCGUUUAAUUAUGACUCAGGAUCAGGGCAAUCUGCCCCGGGAAAUCGUGUCAUCUCUCUGCAGAACCUGUCCAAUCUGUUGCCAGACCUGUCGAGUAAUAUAGUGAACCUCUACAAUCGCGCGGCUAAUAUCACCGAUGAGCCUCUGCCUCAACUUGUUUUCUCGGAAACUGUGAUCCGUAUAAGCAGAUUAUUGGUAGCGGCGCGCGUUCGUGAUGGCGCUUUGGAUGAUAAUGCUUUAAAACACAUUGUUAUGAAUGAGUCUCUGGUUCCUCUACUACGACCAGAACGUCCCCGUGGGCUGGUCAGUCUGCGGAAAUCCGAAAUCGCUAACUUUCUCUUUCGGGCCUUGCCACUAUCUCCCGGUUCAGAUUUACCGGCGACUGAUUCUAUUCCCAUAAUAAUCGGAGUCGUCUCUGUUUUGAACACUUUGGACUUACCACGAAAGAAGGCUUUCAUUCUCAGAGAGCUUCUGUCGAUCAUGGUCCCGGCCCUCGUCCAGGCCCGCAAAAUCGGUGCUGCUGAAGUGGGGAUUCAUCCUGCCGCCGGUCUAGCCUCUAUCAGCGAGACGGCCUUUGAUAUUAACGCCCUUGAUGUUGGCCCAGGAAAUAUGGAAGAAAGCGUGCAGUCCCUUCUCGCCAUAAUAGGAGAAAUUUAUGGUGUGCAACCCUCGACGUUGUACGAAUGGGAGAACACCCGUUGUUCAACGGCGAGCACGCCGGAGCCGUUCCCGGAAUAUGAUUCAGUUACCUCAAUUGUUGAACGGUCGUUCAGACACUCCAUUUUAGACCAUUACGGCGAUCUAAAUCUGAAGGUCGAUGUGCUUAGGGCUUGCAUCAAUUCAUGCGAAGCUCUCCCCGAUUUUGGCGGCGUCAUUCGUUUCACCGUUGAGUUGCUCCAGACCAUCCGAGGAGAUCUCAUGCUUACUGAGACACACUACGAUCCGCCAUAUUUGCCCCAGGAUGAGCAAGUCCGACUUUUAAACAACAUCAAGCGCACAGUUGGCGCGGCCAACAAACUAGGGGUAUCAAGUCUGGAGGCGGAAUACUGGGAUGAUUUCUUGGUCCGUGGUAUCCAAUUGCUUCCUUUGCCAGAUCACAAGAAGCCAGUUCGCCGGUCCAGACCGGAGCUUGAGGUGGUGAAUGAAAAGUCCACGAAGGACCCCUUUCUAUACAACCCAUUCUCCAAGACUAGCAGCAAGACGACGGAGCUUUUCAUGGUUGCCGAAGAACCCGCUGCAUUCCAAGUUACACUUCAGAACCCGUACGAGUUCGAAAUAGAGAUUGAAAGGCUCCAGCUUGAUGGUGAGGGCGUGCCUUUCGAUGCUGUGGCCGAAUGGAUCCUCUUGGCCCCCUUGUCUUUGCAACAUGUCACGGUAUAUGGGAAGGCCCAUAAUCAGGGUAAAAUGAACAUCACUGGUUGUAUCGUGAAGGUUCGCCAUUGUAGAGAACGAAAGUUUCCCAUAUUUGAAAAGUUGUGGAAGCCAGAAGUUGAUCAGAAAUUCAAGCGAACUGGACUGGCAGCUAAGAAACCUCCGAUAGAGCGUCCUCUCUCCUGGAGCUUGACAAUGUCAAGAGACGGGAAGCCGCUUCCAAAGAAAAGCCCAGAAACGUCGUCCUGUAAGGUCGAAGUGAUUCGUCAACAGCCCUCACUUGUGAUAGAAUCACUCUCACUGUCGCAAUCAGCAGUAAUGGUCCUAGAGGGCGAGGCUGGCGCUUUCAGGAUCACAUUACGGAACACGUCAUCAUGUCCUCUCGACUUCAUCCUGUUUACUUUCCAAGACUCCACGACGAAACAGAUCCAAUCUGCCCUGGGCAACAAAGAUCUGCUGCCAGCUGAAGUGUAUGAGUUGGAGCUGAAGCUAUCUAAGCCAGCUUUGCAGUGGCGCCGAGAAGGUCUGAACCCGGGCAACCACACAAUACCUGCCGGCCAAAGUGCCACAUUCACCGUUGAUAUCGUUGGCAAAGCGGGCUUGCAAGGCACAACGGUGCAGAUCGACUAUUCCUGUGUUGGAUCCUCUAGCGCCGAACUCCCCGAUGUGUUUUAUACUCGACAAUUAUUUGUGCCGCUCACCGUUACCGUCAAUGCCAGUAUAGAAGUGGCUCGCUGCGACAUAUUGCCCUUCAGUGCUGAUUUUGCGUGGUGGAAUAGCCAGCGUUCUGACGUGGAAACCACAUUUGCUCCGCGAGAUGCUGCCCUUUCAUCACCUACAGAAACCGAUCUUUUCUCUUCUGUGCUCUCUCACCUUGUACGAGGCGCUUAUGGACCUGAUCACUGCAUCUUGCUUCUUGACCUUCGCAACGCGUGGCCGAACCCUCUAUCCGUGUCUCUAGAUGUCAGCGAACAUCCUGUGGGCUCCCUGGAGCAAGCCACAGAGAAAACCGGCGCCAAAGAUGACCGGUAUACCGUCUCAGGAGAGCUCCAACCGGGCCAGCUGUCUCGUUUUGUGCUCGUCCUCCCUCGUGUCCAUCUGGACAAUCCCCAUGCUUCAGUACCGCUUCUCAAUACGGGGGUCAAGAGACAGUUUGUUGUAAGCGCCAACAAACUUACAUUUGAGGGUGAAGCAGCAUCCCGCGAGGCCUUCUGGUACAGAGAAGAGCUACUCAAGAGAGUGACGGGGUCUUGGAGCGAAAUUCCCGCCGGACGCCGAGGAACAAUUGACCUUAGGAAUAUACGGUUUAGUGCACGAAUGGUAGACGCUUUCCGACUGGACGACGUGGAUGUGAGCUUCGCUUUGCAACCUUCAUCUUCGAGCGACACGCCUUCCAGCGACGAGAACAGUGUCAUUCAGGUUGGACGAUCAAAGUACCUAGUCCAGACAGAUGAGAUGCUGAGUCUCACGGUUACUGUCUACAAUCGUUCGUCAAGACCUAUACACCCUCUCCUUCGACUUCAACCAAGCCUUCGCCAUCAACCCAGCAACAUUGCCUUGGAUCUUUCACGACGUCUUGCAUGGAGCGGCAUGCUGCAACAAGUUUUACCUACUGUAAAUAGUGGAGGGAGCACAUCUACCACCAUUGGAGUAACCGUCCUCUGUAGGGGCGAGUACGAGUUCGGAGCCACCAUAGAGGAAGUACGCCUCCUAAGACCUGUGGCUGGAACAGAUGGAACUCCGACCCCUCUGACUACUUUCCAUGAUGAUCUGCCCAUCAAUGAUACCUUUGGAGCUGACGUGGCUAAGAAACGACGCAUCUGGCAUGCCAAAGAGACAUGUAUUAUGGAUGCGCACUGUUAA